AUGGGAAAUAAAGUCGCAACUUUCACUGAAGAACAAUUAGAAGAAUAUCAAGACUGCACAUUUUUAACGCGCAAAGAAAUUCUCAGAAUUUUUAAACGGUUUCGUGAAAUGGGAGAUACGGGAGCGGUACCAAAAACGAUGACACCUGAACAAGCGUCCCAAUUAAAACUGCCUUUAUCCUGUUUAUCAAAAAUUCCUGAGCUAAAAGAAAAUCCAUUUAGAGAUCGGAUAGCGGAGGUAUUUACCAAGUGCAGUGAUCCAGGAAGUGAAGAAGAAGGUAUCUGUUUCGAGGAGUUCUUGGAGAUGAUGUCAGUAUUUUCAGAGCAAGCACCUCGGGAUCUUAAAGUAUUUUAUGCUUUUAAGAUUUACGAUUUUGACGAGGACGGAUUUGUGGGUACGAGUGAUUUAGAACGUACGUGUCGUCAAUUGGUACAAGAUGGACUGACAGACGAAGAGGUCGGAACGAUUUGCCGUAAAGUACUUGAGGAAUGCGAUAUCGAUGGUGACGGUGCAUUGUCUUAUCUUGAGUUUGAAAAUGUCGUCACGAAAGCAUCGGAUUUUUUGUCAACUUUUCAUAUAAGAAUCUGAAGUUAAAUAAAAUAAAUAGUGAUGGUUUAAUGGUACCGGUUUG